AUGAGUGGAAAUUUUAGCUUCAAUUCCCAAAAUGCUAACCAGGGAGGGUCCACUUCAAAACCUACAUUUUCAUUUGGAAGUGGAUCAAAUGCUAGUACUGGUGCAAAGGUAGGAAAUACGUCAUCCCCUUUUAGUUUUGGCUCCCAGCCAACAACAGAUGGUUCAAAUCAAGCUCCUGCAUUUGGCACAGCAGCAGGUUCUAAACCUGCUCUUACAGCGGAAUCGACUCCUGCAUUUGGUGUUAAUAGUAAUGAAGGUGCUUCAAAGCCUUUUAGUUUCGGAAGUGCUCCAUUUGGUUCAACGUCUACUGAGAAUAAAGAUGCCAAUCCCCCAGUAUUAUUUGGUGCAAAAGCCGAUCAACCGGAAGCGUCGAAGCCCUUUGGUUCUCAAGGGCCUUUUAAUUUUGGUUCUUUCUCUACUCCUAACAAUUCACAAGACAAAAAUGAGACCAAGUCGCUAUUUGGAAAUACUGCUUUGGCUACUACUAAUCCAGGAGGGGGGUUCGGUUCUUCUGCAGCUGCCCCGCCCUCCUCAAAUGAAAACAAAGAUACGAAUGCAGCUGCUAAACCGUUUUCUUUUGGAGCUUCAGGAACGUCAAUUGCUAGUAAAGACGUAGCAAAACCCACACUAAAUUUCGAUGCGCCUUCUUUGCUUGGGGAUAAGAGCGGUACGAAUAAACCAUUUUCCUUUGAAGGUGCUCUCCAAGCUGAUAAGAAAGAAGAACCUCCUAAGGUUCCAUUCCUUGGGGGUUCUACAUCAGCUGAAAAGAAAGAGACAGUCGCCAAGCCGGCAUUUUUUGGUAUAAACAAUUCGACAGAUAAGCAGAACGAUACGAAAAGUCCAGUGAUUUCUUUUGGCUCAACUCUAACAUUGGAUAAAAAGAAAGAUCAACCUGCCAAUACAGGUUUUCAGUUUGGAUCUUUGUCUAAUGUAGCAGAAAAGAAAAUUGAGCCAACUAAAUCUGCUGUUUCGUUUGGCAGCCCCGCGGUCUUAUCUGACAAUAAAAAUGAUUCUUCAAAGCGAGAAUUCAAUCUGAGUGGGCCUACCACAACAGCUGAAAAGAAUGAAGAAGCGGCAAGACCAUCAGCCUUUUCAUUUGGUAAUACUAGUUCAAGGGCAGAAACCCCUAAAUCUGGUUUUAAUUUAGGAGGAUUAACAUCUGAGAAAGAAAAUUCUGUGAAACCCUCUUUUGCCCCUGUUGCUGCAAAAAAAGAUGAAAAGCUAGCCUUUAGCUUUGGUGAAAGUGCUAAAAAGCCUGCAGCGGACAUAUUAUCUAUAGGUGCUAACGAAAAUGACAAACAAACUGAUUCAACUCGAAAACCAGCAUUUUCUUUUGGAGCAACGAAGGAUAAAGAAAAAAAAGAUGAAAUCGCAAGAUCCAAGCCGUCGCCAUCAGCAUCAAUUUCGAAUGCAGCCGCACCACCAGCUACUGGUGACUCUAAUUCCGCAAAUACCAAUGCUCCUUCAUCUGCAACUACUUCAAAAUCUGUUGAGCCACAACCAAUAUCACUAGAUAACAAAACUUUGGAUGAUCUUGUAACAAAAUGGACAACGCAACUUACGGGUUCAGCUGAACACUUUGAGAAUUACUCGAAAAAAAUCAAUGAGUGGGAUCAAGUUUUGGUUCAAGGAGGUGAGCAAAUUAGCCAGUUAUAUUCCGAUACUUUGGUUGCUGAACAAACACAGUCAAGAGUAGAUCAACAUCUACAGUAUAUUGAAAGGCAACAGAUCGAAUUAGAAACCUUUCUAGAUAACUACGAGAAAAAAGCAGAAACCCUACUAUCUGAAGUUUUAUCAUCGAAUACUGGUUCCCCUUCGAAUACUAAUGAUCAGAAGAGGCAGCAGGCAUUCCACACAGCCGAAAUGUUAGAUGAGAAUCUAAAUUCAUUAUCAGUGAACCUUUCGUCUUUGAUUACAGAAAUUAAUGAAGUAUCUGAAACUUUUAACAAGGCCACUAACAUGAAUAUUGCCAAUAAGGAUGAGAAUGCGCAACUCAUUAAGCUUUUAAAUUCUCACCUUGAUGCAUUGAAGUCUUUAGACAAUAGUUCUAGUGUUCUGGAAAAGAAAUUAAAGUCUAUCCAUAAAUAA